GGAUUAUACCAAGUCAACCCAUUUUCACUCCACAUUUCAUCUCUCCCCUCUCUCUCUCUCUCUCUCUAGAACUGAUUCCUCCGAUCUGUGGUUUCCGUCGAACUUUCAGGCACUUCUUCGAUCGAUUCACGCACCGAUUUUGCAGGAUUUAGCUAUUCAAUUCAACGAUGUCGAUGUCGGAUUCGGAUACGUCUUCUCAAGGAGGAAGCGAAUACAAAAACUUCCGGCAAAUUACUCGUGAUCGAUUAUUGUAUGAAAUGCUUAGGUCGGCCAAAAGACAGGAUUCAAAGUCAAAUUGGAAGGUAUUGAUCAUGGAUAAAGUGACUGUCAAAGUUAUGUCAUGCGCAUGCAAAAUGGCAGACAUCACAGAUGAGGGAGUUUCAUUGGUGGAAGAUAUAAAUAAAAGAAGACAGCCAUUGCCCACUAUGGAUGCGGUGUACUACAUCCAGCCAACAAAAGAGAAUGUCCGCAUACUGCUCUCUGACAUGGCUGGAAGAACACCUCUUUAUAGAGAUGCCUACGUCUUCUUCAGCUCCUCUGUCCCAAAAGAAUUGGUUAAUUACAUAAAAAAAGAGCAAAGUUUAAAAUCUCGUUUACGUGCUAUGAAAGAGAUGAACUUGGAGUAUUUCGCCAUUGAUAGCCAGUGUUUUAUAACUGAUAACACAAUGGCUUUGGAAGAACUGUAUGGGAAUGAGGAAAUGACCCGUAAAGGAGACGAAUGCUUAAACAUGAUGGCCAACCGUAUAGCAACCGUUUUUGUUUCAUUAUUGGAGUUUCCGUUUGUACGUUACCGUGCUGCCAAAUCUCUUGAUCCCACCACAAUGACCACAAUACGUGAUUUGAUCCCUACGAAGCUCGCUGCAGCUGUUUGGAAUUGUCUUAUGAAGUAUAAAUCUCUGAAAAACUUCAACUUUCCUCAGACGGAAACAUGCGAACUGCUCAUUCUGGAUAGAUCAAUAGACCAGAUUGCGCCGAUCAUUCACGAAUGGACAUACGACGCCAUGUGCCAUGAUUUACUUAACAUGGAUGGAAAUAAAUACGUUCACGAGGUUGCAAGCAAAACAGGUGGCCUUCCUGAAAAGAAAGAGGUUCUUCUAGAAGAUCAUGAUCCCGUAUGGCUAGAGCUCCGUCAUUCACAUAUAGCCGAUGCUAGUGAACGCUUGCAUGACAAGAUGACGAGCUUUGUGUCAAAAAAUAAAGCUGCACAAAUGCAUGGUUCAAGAGGUGGUGGCGAGUUGUCUACUCGAGACUUGCAAAAGAUGGUCCAAGCAUUGCCACAAUAUAGUGAACAAAUCGACAAAUUAUCCCUUCAUGUUGAUAUUGCUGCAAAGAUUAAUAGCAUUAUAAGGGAGUCGGGGCUUAAAGAAGUGGGACAACUAGAACAAGACCUUGUAUUUGGAGAUGCGGGGACGAAAGAGGUCAUCAAUUUCCUUAGAAUGAAACCGGACGCCCCUCGUGAAAGUAAAUUGCGGUUAUUAAUGAUCUAUGCAGCAACUCAUCCAGAUAAAUAUGAUAGCGACAAACUUACAAAGUUAAUGGAGUUAGCAAGACUCCCCCCUGAUGAUAUGAACGCUGUAUAUAACAUGAGAUUUUUGGAGGGAUCAUCAGAUUCUAAAAAGAGUUCGAUUGGUGGUUUUUCGUUAAAAUUCGAUGUUGUCAAGAAGCGGCACGGGUUGAGAAAAGACCGUGUUGGUGAAGAAUCAACUUGGCAGUUGUCACGGUUUUAUCCUAUGAUCGAGGAACUAAUCGAAAAGCUUAGCAAAAACGAACUACCAAAAAACGAUUACCCUUGUAUGAAUGAUCCAAGUCCCACUUUUCACGGGAGAUCACAGUCCGAGUCAACAAAAAUGGUUGACCCUCCACCCGUUCAUUCAAUGAGAUCCAGACGUGCAGCAACAUGGGCCCGGCCUCGAGAUUCCGACGACGGGUAUUCAAGUGACUCCGUUUUGAGGCAUGCAUCCAGUGAUUUUAAAAAAAUGGGUCGACGUAUUUUUGUUUUUAUCGUUGGUGGAGCAACAAGAUCAGAGCUGCGGGUUUGUCACAAGUUGACGAAUAAACUGAAGAGAGAAGUUGUUUUAGGUUCUUCUAGUCUUGACGAUCCUCCACAGUUCAUCACGAAACUUAAGCUGCUGACUGCAAAUGAACUCUCAUUGGACGAUCUUGAAAUUUAGGGAGGCGUUUGUGGUUGUUGCAUUGGGUGUGUAAUCCGAGUCUCUAUCAGUCUAUCUCCAUUAUUUCUUACUAUAUCCGACAACUGAUGUAAUAUUUAUCCCAAACGUCUUGUUCCCGUCGAGACACAUAAACUUGAGGUUUGUGUUUUAAAACUGUCUCCUCGGCGUUUAACAGGUGUGUAGUUUGAAAGAUUAUUCGAUGUGAAUAAUUGGUUACCAGAACUAGUAUAUGUAUCGUGAAUAUUCAACCCAUUCCGUUUGUCACUUGCCUAAAAGAAACUCAGCUUGUUAUCAUUUUGAGAACACAA